UCACAUUCUCCGUCCAAUCACAGCGCUCGUUGCUCGGAGGUCGUUUAUUGACAAGCGGAGAAGGUGACUCCUCGGCGAGCAGGGGCAAAUAGUUCCUACAGAAAAAAAACUCAACAUUUACCCCGAAAGAGAGCUGGUUUUGCGGGGAGAGCGACCAUGUCUUCUUUGGGAAGGGCGUUGGGAGUCCUUCGAGCCGGAACCCUGCUCAUGAGCCGCGGUCCACAAAGAAUAACGAGCAGAAAGGCUGGCGGUGGACCCCCCAAUAAGCUGCUAUACAGGGAGUGUCCAGACAUAACGGCGAAGCAGAGGUUUGAUUCCGAGCUGCUCGGCGGGUUCAUGUGGUUCUGGAUCCUCUGGCACUUGUGGCACGACACUGAUGCAGUCACGGGUCACUUCCCCUGGCCCGAUGCUUCCCAAUGGACGGACGAGGAGCUCGGAAUUCCACCAGAUGACGAAGAAUAAGGUGAUUUCCUCAGUUUCCUUUAAAUGAGUCACCAUGAGGGAUUCGAGCUGCUGGGAAUGUUUUUUUUUUGGAAAUCUUCAGGAUAUUCUUAAAGCUAUUGUUCUACGUAAGACUAAUAAAAGCUUCUGUAAAUAUGUUAA